AUAUAUUUGUACAGCAUAUUCAUUGAACACUAAGAUGAAGUUUAUAUUAAAAAUUGUUUCACACAAAUAACAAAGUUCAAUUGUUAAUUAAAUUAACAAUAAUUAUUUACUAUUAUUAUUUGUUUUGUUUUCGUGACAAUGACUUAAUAUUUUAAUAUAUCUAACAUACAUUAGAAUGAAGAAUUGAGCAAAAAUGCCUCACAAAUCUCGUUAUAGUUGUGCAAAUACUUUAAACGUUCGCGAAAUAAUUAAUUGGCUAACAUAUAACAGUCAUGUCAAAGAUGAUAUUUUGAGUGAUGCGAUAAUGAAUUUCCUCCUACAUCAUGAAGAAUUAUUCGAGACUUAUGUUGAAAGGAACAUCAGUUUAAAAACUGUACAGCAAUGGUUAAAGAUGAUGAUAGGAGAAUCAGAAAAUGAUACUUCCAAAGAAUAUUUCAAUUCUUCAUCUUUAUGCAAAGACUUAUACUGCCAUAUACAAAAUGGAGAUAAGAAAAUAGUUUUAUCAGAAUUCUGCUUCGUCCUUCAAGAAAUAUUAAAAUCGGAUGAUUUAACGAUUGAAUCAUGCAAAGAAUUAUCAUCAGAUAACAUUAUGUUACCGUCUAAAGCAAAAACAGUGCUUACUUAUAGUAAGAAGUCAAUGAAAAUAGAUAUAACAUCGAAUUAUCCCCAUUACAAUAUGGUUAUUAAAAUUUGUAGAAGAAAUGGCAUAUUUAGUAAAAAUGAAUAUGAUAUUGUCAAGUUUAUUUCUGAUUCUUUGAUGGCUUGUUUUUCAUUAUGUGGAGAUUCUUUGGAACGUUGCAAUAAUUGCAUGCCAAAAGAAUUCUUCCCACAAUUAAGAUUAUUGACGAUUGACAAAGAUCAGACUACAGUCAUUAUACCGAAAAUUCUUAUGCGAAUUAAAUCGUUCCUUUCGGCUGAUCGUGUUAAUUUGUUUAUAUUUAAAGAAAAAACAAACGAAUUGGUUGCAAAAUAUUUUGAUUUAGGUGAUGUAAUCGUUAAGUCGAAGAUUUCUUGUCAAAUAGGUAAAGGCUUUUGUGGCUCUUGUGCCUCAUCUGGAAAAUUACUUAAUAUUGUAGACUGCACUAAGGAAAGUAGAUAUUCUAAUGAAGUAUUAAAAAUGAUUGGAUGUGAAGUUAAAAACAUCAUUUGUUAUCCAAUUAUCUCUUCUAAAAAAUUGUUUGGAGUCCUUCAAGGUUUGAAAUUUCUUCAUCCUCCUUUCAACGAUCAACAUGAAACUAUAGUGAGGUGUAUGGCACCUUACUGUUCUUUUUUAUUGCAUCUAGAAUAUCUUUAUUAUUUAAAAAAACAGAAAAUUAAUUGCUUAAGUAUAUCAUCAGAAAUGCUACGUUAUCACAUUCAAAAGAAGAAUUCAAUUGUAAAGACAAUUCUAGAAAAUCCUAGUUUAGAAGUAAUUCCAAGAGAUAUCGACACUAUUCAUUUCAAAUAUAUCGAUAUAUCAAUUCAAGAAAUACCUAAAUUGUUUAUCUAUUUAUGUGACCAAUUGUUAGGGAUAAAUAAUUAUCCAUUAGUAAAACUUUGCAAUUUUAUAAUUACAGUUAUAAAAUGCUAUCGUCAGAUUCCAUAUCAUAACAUCUUUCAUGCUUUCAAUGUGACUCAUUGUAUGUAUUUAAUGAUUAAAAGUAACAGGAAUAUUUUUUCGAUUAUCGAAGUGAAAGCCAUGAUUAUUGCAUGCAUAUGUCAUGAUAUAGACCAUAGAGGAUUUAAUAACUCUUACCAUUCUGUGAUUAAAUCCCCAUUCGCGAUUUUGUAUACAAAAUCAAUUUUAGAGCAUCAUCACUUCGAUAUGACAAUAUUCAUUCUUCAAGAAGAUCAAAAUAACGUUUUAUGUGAUUUAUCUACUUUGGAUUAUAAAUUUGUUUUAAGUAGCAUUGAAUCUUUGAUUCUGGCAACUGACUUUGCAUCAUUUCAUCACAAUAAAAGAAACCUAACGAAUAUUAUGAAAAGUAAAGAUUUCAAAAUACCAGAUAUUUGGUCUAACUUAGAUAAUAGAACAUGUUUGAAGAAAAUCAUGAUGGCUGGAUGUGAUUUAUCUGGAGUGUGUAAGCCAUGGCCAACUGUCGUUGCAAUUGUAAAGCAAAUAUAUGAAGAAUUUUACAAUCAGGGUGAUAAAGAAAAGGAAAUUGGAAUACAUCCGAAUUCAAUGAUGGAUAGAGAUUCACAGGAUAGAAUACCAGAAGAUCAAAUAAAAUUUAUUAAAUACAUAUGUAUACCUAUUUAUGAGAAAUUAGCAAUUUGUCUUCCAAAUACUAAGCCAAUACUUCAAGCCAGUAGAAGAAUUUUACAACAAUGGCAGAGAUAUACUAGAAAGAUAAACAUGGAUCUUGUGGCUCAAGAGAAUAUAUCUUUACAAAAGAAGAACAAGAGAAGAAUUGAAGGAAUAAAUCUGAAAAUUAAAUAGAAUUAAAUCCUUAGUAUUAAUUUAAAAUUUAUAUUCUUAGCUAAAAUAAAAUAUAUUUUUUCUUUAA